AUGGCUAAUCCAAGACGACUUGAACCUGAGAUUAGAAGAUUUGUACUAGAUAUUUAUAAAACAGGGGACCGACCUGAGACAAAGCAUAUUGUAUCUCAAAUUCCAUUUUUGGUGCCGAAGGUGCCACAACAAAGAGAUGGAAAUGAAUGUGGUUUUUUCGUCCUCUAUUUCAUUAAUUUGUUUUUGAAGCAAGCUCCUGAUAAUUUUAGCAUGGAGGGGUACCCUUACUUUAUGAAAAAAGAUUGGUUUAGCUUCGAUGGCUUGGAUAGGUUUCAUGAGGGGCUUAAUUCACUGAAUUAG